UCAGCUGUUUGUGUUUGCAUGUCUAAAUAAAUAUCCGCAUCGUUCUCGGUUUCGGCAACUUACGUCAAAAUUUAUUCGUGAAAGAAAUCUACGUAGAAAAGUAAAACACUGCUAAGCAAAGACGACUUUACACCUCUUCCGGAAAUUGCUAGGCACAGUAUCAAAAAAGAAUGGCUAAAAGUCGCGAAAUUAUUCAAUUGCAUGUCGGCCAAGCGGGCGUACAGAUCGCGAGCGCAUGUUGGGAGUUGUACUGUUUGGAGCAUGGAAUUUAUCCGGAUGGACGGUUCUGCGAUUGCUCAACGUACGAUGAUUGUAGCGCAUUUUUCAGCUGUGACAAAAAAGGUCGCUGCGUACCGCGGGUGGUGAUGGUCGAUUUGGAACCAUCGGUAAUUGAUGAAAUACGGCUCGGCGCCUACCGGCAUCUGUUCCACCCGAGUACUCUCAUCACCGGCAAGGAGGAUGCUUCGAGUAAUUUUGCGAGGGGUCAUUUCACGCUGGGCCGACUGAUGAUCGAUUCCGUGAUGGACCGACUGAGGAAGGUCGCGGAAGGAUGUUCAACCGUGCAGGGCUUUAUGAUAUUUCACAGUCUGGGCGGCGGAACGGGUUCCGGUUUUGGAACGCUGACCCUGGAGAAAUUGUUUGAAGAUUUUGGAAAAACAACAAAAAUUGAAUUUAAUAUUUUUCCAUCGCCAAGAAUAUCACCGGUCAUCGUGGAACCGUACAACGCAGUUCUUUCCACGCACGUCGGUAUGGAUUACAGCGAUUGUUGUUUUUUGCUGGAUAAUGAAGCUAUUUACGAUGUGUGCGACCGCAGCUUAAAUGUAUCGGAACCGACAUACACCAAUCUCAACCGGCUGAUCGCACAGAUUGUGUCAUGCAUCACAGCGUCGUUGCGUUUUUCGGGGGCUAUCAACGUGGAUCUGCUGGAGUUUCAAACGAACCUCGUUCCCUAUCCAAGGAUUCAUUACCCGCUGGUCACGUAUUCACCUUUGAUCCCCUAUCGAAAUGCGAAACAUGAGCAACUGACCACAUCCCAAAUCACAUCGGAAUGUUUCGAGCCGGGAAGUCAACUGGUCAAAUGUGAUCCCCGCACAGGAAAGUACAUAUCCUGCUGUAUGCUGUACCGAGGCGACGUAUCUCCGGUGGAUAUUAAUCGCUCCAUACAGGAACUUAAGAUGAAGAAAGCAAUUAAUUUUGUUGAUUGGUGUCCUACGGGUUUUAAAAUCGGUAUCAACUAUCAACCGCCCAUUUCAGUGCCGGGUGGGGAUUUGGCUAAAGUGGAUCGCGCUUUGUGUAUGCUUUCGAACAGCACUUCGGUUAGAUCUGCCUGGGAACGGAUUAUCCGAAAGUUCGGUCUGAUGUUUGAGAAGAAAGCAUUUUUCCAUCACUUCAUGGAUGAAGGUUUAGAGGAAAGUGAUCUUAUCGAUGCUAGAGAAAAUGUGUCCGCUCUGAUAUGCGACUACGAGGAGGUUGAACGAUAGAUUCCCUGAAAAUAGCCAAUUGGAUGUCUUUAAACUUCAUUACGUUCUGUUCGUUACGCACGCAAUGUCAUUAAGAUAGCUUAUAAAACUGCCGAGCAGAUGACAAUGGUUUUUAUUUACUCAUAAAACGUAUCUGUGCGAUGUUUGUGCUGUGUGUGCUUUCAUUGACCUUGUUGUUACCCGCUUUCCAUGGGUAUUGCACCGCAACUUUUUCCGGCGAAGUUUUGGAAGCGUGCUCCUUCAAUUCACUCGUAGCCGUUUCGGAACGCUCCGGUUGGGUACUGUCGAAGGAGAACUGUGGGGAGACGAUUGCCGCCGAGGAAGCUUUCGAAGUUCCUCCUGUAAUUUAUUAUGAUUUUGCUGAAGCGUUGAAAUUUUAUACUUUGAUUUUCGUGGAUAUGGACGGUACCCCAGAAGAAGGUCGAGCUUUCCUGUACUGGCUGGUGGUGAAUGUUCCGGAAUCCGCUCUGAGGCAAGGUAUGACUUACAUGGAUGGCGAUACUGCAAUGGAUUAUCUGACACCCGCUGCAGGAACUUAUGGGCAUCGUUACGGCUUCUACCUGUACGAACAGGUUUACGGCACAAGCUAUCCGCCGGUGCCGGCCACUCGCGAGGAGUUCGAUUUGAACGGUUGGAUUAAUUCGAUUAUCCCCGAGGGCGCACUUUGCGGUCCGGUUGCAUCGAUUGGAUUCCGUGCGUAAGAAGGAAGAACCGAAGGCAUUCGUUGGGGAGGAAAUGGAAGGGAACUUUGCAAUCGGAACACAAAAUUUAUUGACAGCAAAGAAUGGAAAUGUAACGGCAAGAUAAGAAUUUCGCUACGUUCGACUGACUGCCGCAACAUAUCUCGGGAGUACGCAAAUUUAUAUAGACAUCAGGCUUAUAACUUAGAUGUGCCCAAUAAAUGUC